ACCAUCCCAUUAUAAAUAGAGUUCAAAUGGCAAACAUGAGCCAGAAACAGAAAAGACCAGAUCAUUUACCAUACAUGGAGUUACAAUUUCGAAAGAAUACUGCUACCAUUCUUCCAACUUAGCCGCACGUUCGCCCACGUUCAUCACUUGCUCAAACAGGUAACUUGUAACAGCAGGUUGAUCAUCUUCAUCAGUUUCUAGCGGGCUCGGGUCCCCCUCAUCAUUGCACAUGAAGCCAGCCACAAACUUCAGUUUGAGUCACAAGCAUCUCCUGAGAGAUUAUACACCAUCACCCAGCAAUGGCCAUUGCAGAACCGUGGUUGUUAAUCAUCGCAUUGUUGUCACAACCAUGGCUGCAACGAUAAGUCUUUGUCUCAUCGUUUUGCUAAUCUGCAAAUGCUUUCACCUGUCAAAUCGCUCCAGAAAUCCCACCAACGUUAACCCAAGAGCACCAUCCAUCGACGACGAACUCGCAUCCAUUCCUGCCCUUGUAUAUGCAGAAUCGACGCUGUGGUCAUCGCAGCCUUCUUUUUCUGACGACGAUUCCUUGGAGCUUGAAGAACACUGUGCUAUAUGCUUGGAAGGUUACGUGCAUGGAGACAGUGUCAGUGUUUUGCCGAGGUGUAAGCACAUGUUCCACAAGAAGUGCAUUGAAGAAUGGCUUCAGGUUCCAUCUUUGCAUUGUCCCAUUUGCAGGGAUCAGAUUCUCGAGCGUUGCCUGCAAUCCACGAGGUCCAAUGGCAGGAAUCAAAGGGAUGGUAUUGCUAAUCCUUUUCCAUCUCUGGCUUUCAACCUUGGUGGUAACUAUGCAUUGUAUCCAUCAGUGCUCAGCAAUUUUACCUAAACUUUUUCAAUUACUUGGAGUGGAAAAUUAAUCUAGGGCGUGCUAUAUGAACAAAACAAUCUUGUUAUUGAGUGUUGG